ACCACCUGCUCGCUCGAAGCGACGCUGCGAACUUCGACGAGGCUCACUCGGUAAGAAGUUCGACCGGAAACGCUCUAUAUAUACGCGCGGAGCUUAAUAUGACUAUUCGCAGCUGCCAAUCCGCUAACUUUUUUUCAACUCUGAAGGUCAGCCAGCAUGGGUUCCGUUCACGUUCUGGAUGAUUAUUACCUCGCGAUUACCCUUCUCAUCACAGUCGCUUACCAGCUGUUUUUCUUCGCCAUAGCAUUUUCGCUCAAGUUCGACAAACUCACAGACUUUGCUGGGGGCACAAAUUUCAUUCUGCUUGCUGUCAUCACGCUCGCAUUCAGCGAGGCUCGUGACGAUGCACGCAACAUCGUAUGCUCGCUUUUCAUCAUGAUCUGGGGCGCCAGGCUCUCCGCCUUUUUGCUCUUCCGGAUUCUUAAGACCGGAAAAGACGACCGCUUUGAUGACAAGCGGGAUGAUUUCUUCAAGUUCCUCGGCUUUUGGGUGUUCCAAAUGCUCUGGGUCUGGACGGUGUCCCUGCCAGUCACCAUCCUGAACAGCCCCAACGUCACACGAUACGGUCAACCGAACUUCGGUACAGGUCGUGACAAUGCCGGCGUGAUACUGUACAGUAUCGGGCUAUUCAUGGAGAGCGUUUCUGACGUGCAGAAAUACUUGUUUCGAACCAAGCAUCAGCACGACGGUGCCGUCUGCAACGUCGGCCUGUUCAAAUACAGCCGACAUCCCAAUUAUUUUGGAGAGAUCAUCAUUCAAUUUUCAAUUUUUAUGAUCGCGGUAUCCCCAGCAGCGUACGGAUACACUAAGGGCGGCGGCUACAAAGCGUUGUACGCCAGUAUUUUGGGCCCAUUCUUCCUAACAACGCUGCUCUUGUUCGUUUCCGGUCUUACGCUGCAAGAACGACCUGGCGCGAAGAAGCGAUACGAGAAGGGCACCAACUGGCCUGCCUAUGCGAAAUGGCUGCACGAAACCAGCAUUCUCAUCCCGUUCCCUCCUCAGCUGUACAAGCGCAUGCCGGUUUUCCUGAAGAGGACAAUCUUCUUGGAGUUUCCGAUGUACGUGUUCGAUCCUGAAAAACACGCUGACCGGAAGCCGUCACGGGAUCAUGGAGAGGCUGAGGAAGGGCGGGCACAACAUUAGCGAACUCUUGCGAGAACAACGGAUAUUAUUCGUCAUGAUACAUCGGACGCUAUCUACAUCAUCAUGUAAUAUAUGUGAAUUCAUAAUUCGUAAGUCAAGUUCAAUCGUUGCUGGCAGGCUUCUCGCCUUAUCGCUUGCCUUCUGGUGGAAUUCCACUUUCUGGAUCCUCGUGCUUCACGCUGCGUGGUGCCGAAGCAUCAGUUCCUGACGAACCUUCGGGUACUUCCACCUCUUUCUCCAAACUCGCACUGCUUGACGUUCGUGA